AUGAGAACAGCCAACGAACUACCUCUCGUCAGCGGCCACACCCACCCCAACCCGCUUGCCUCGCACGCCCCAGCGCCUGUCGAUAUGAACGGCUCCCAGUACCUCGAGGCUGCCGCUGCCUCCUCGCGUCCUAGCACCGCUGUCGCCGCUGAUGCAUCGUCUACCUCUCACAUGGACGAACAUGCGCCGCCCGCCCGCCCUGCCUCGAUCGGCCCUCAGUCUGCCCGCCCCAGCUUCCUACGUGCGAAAAGUGACUUUGGGCCUCGCCAUCCUGCCCUACCACCAGAGAGCGCCGACGAGGGAAGCGUCGACGGCCACUUCAAGAUCCGUCACGGCUGGGACGACCAACUGAACUCGGAAGAGUACAGCAACCUACUCACCUCAAACUUCUUCAUGUACUACACCGACAAGAAACACGAGACCGGCGGCCACCCUAAGAGCGAAGACUGCGCAUUCCCAGUCCAAGAAUGGCGCAUGCGGGACCGCCUCAAGACUGUCUCGGCCGUCCUUGCUUUGUGCCUGAACAUUGGUGUUGAUCCCCCGGACGUCAUCAAGACCAACCCGUGUGCCAAGGAGGAGUGCUGGAUCGACCCGACCGUCACCUCCCAGACGCCCGGCCACACGCCCAUGAACCAGAUCGGAAAAGCCCUUCAGACCCAGUACGAGCAGCUGAGCAUGCGCACGCGCUACAAGCUGCUGCUGGACCCUACAACGGAAGAGACUAGAAAGUACGCUUCCACUCUCCGGCGAAAUGCCCGCAAUGAGCGAGUCUUGUUUCACUACAACGGCCAUGGCGUUCCUAAACCUACUUCUUCAGGCGAAAUUUGGGUUUUCAACAGAAACUAUACACAGUACAUUCCCUUGUCGCUCUACGACUUGCAGUCCUGGAUUGGCGCACCAAGUCUGUUCGUUUACGACUGCUCCGAUGCUGGCCUUAUCAUCAGCAAUUUCAACCGCUUUGCCGAGAAACACCAGGCCGAGUUUGAGGAGGCGCGCCGGAGAGAUCCCAGCGUCGAGCAUGUCGACUUUAGUGAUUGCAUCCAUUUGGCAGCAUGUAGAGAGCGUGAAUCUCUUCCCACUAACCCAGAGUUACCUGCUGACAUCUUCACCUCCUGUCUGACCGACCCCAUAACCAUGGCGGUACGCUUCUUUAUCUUGCAAAACCCUCUCCCAACUAAAGUCAGCCUGCGAGAUGCCCACAAUAUCCCAGGCAAAGUCUCUGAGCGUAGAACGCCUAUCGGCGAGCUGAACUGGAUCUUCACGGCCAUUACUGACACCAUCGCCUGGAAUUCUCUUUCCAAGCCGCUCUUUAAGAAAUUGUUCCGUCAGGACUUGAUGGUCGCCGCCCUCUUCCGCAACUAUCUUCUUGCACAGCGCAUCAUGCGCGCAUAUCACUGCAACCCUGUCUCGCAUCCCGAAAUCCCUCAAACACAUAACCAUCCCCUCUGGCGCAGCUGGGACUUGGCGGUUGAGCUGAUCUUGGCUCAGCUUCCGGAUCUGCAGGCUGAAGCUCGGGGCGAAAAGGACUUCAACUAUAAGCACUCUGAUUUCUUCUCCGAACAGUUGACCGCUUUCGAGGUAUACUUGACGCAGGGCGCAGUGGAGCAAAAGGUACCGGAACAACUUCCCAUAGUGCUCCAAGUACUGCUCAGUCAAGUGCAUCGUCUCCGUGCGCUUAUCCUGCUGUCAAGUUUCUUAGAUCAUGGUCCUUGGGCUGUAAAUCUCGCGCUCAGCAUUGGCAUCUUCCCAUACGUCCUCAAACUACUACAAUCUCAAGCGAACGAGCUCAAGCCAGUCAUGGUAUUUAUCUGGGCUCGCAUUCUCGCAGUUGAUCAAUCCUGCCAAGCGGAUCUUCUCAAGGACAAUGGCUACCAGUACUUCAUCAAUAUAUUCAAUCCCAAUUCUGGCAUACCCAUUCAGAAUGCGAGUGAACACCGCGCAAUGUGCGCCUUCAUCGUUUCCAUGUUCUGCAAGGACUACAACCAGGGACAACGCGCCUCACUGAGUACCGAACUUGUAGAGAGCUGCCUAGAUCAUCUCAAAGAUAUGCAGAACCCGUUGCUGAGGCAAUGGUCGUGUCUCUGCCUAAGCAAGCUUUGGAUUAACUACGAAGAGGCCAAGUGGGUCGGAAUCAGGUGCAUGGCACACGAGCGACUAUGCGAACUUAUCGUGGAUCCCGUUGCUGAGGUCAGAGCUGCGAUGUUGCACGCAUUGGCAUCCUUCCUCGGCAUUCGCGAUGUCACUCCCCAGGUGGCUAACAUCGAGGAGUCAAUCGCAUCAAUGAUCCUUAUCAUGACAAUGGAUGGUAAUAGUAUGGUCCGCAAAGAACUGCUCAUAUUCUUUUCGACAUUUGUUGCUCGCUACAAGACCCGAUUCAUAGUCGCCGCAUUCGAACAACUACAGGAGGACCACGCCAACACAGACGCAAAGCAGACAGAAGACAAAAGCGCUGAGACGCUCUAUAUGAAAACACGUACAGGAGCGACGGGCAGUGCUUCAGAAUCGACGUCCUGUUCGCAGAACACCAUAUACUCCGCCAUAUGGAAAGAGUUAUUGGUCAUGUCUGUGGAUCCACAUCCAGAAAUUGCAAAAGACGCUGAAAUCGUCGUCGAUUACAUUCUGAUCGCGCUUAUCGAAUCGUCUCUAGCCAAAUUCGUACAACCUCAACUAGACGAAGCCCUCCAACAUGCGCCAGCUCCUCGUCCCAUGCGCCGCACAGUAGAAGAGACCUCUACGCCUCAAAAAGCCUCAAAUCCACCAACACCGACCAAAGACUCGACAUACCUGUCUCUUUUCGGUGGCAUCCGAAAGUCUACGAGCGUUGGUGCUUCACUAAAGAACCUCUGGGCCGGUCAAGAAUCAGCAGGUCCUAAGCAGAGACCAUCGGGGAGAUCUGCUGCUGACGACGCCAGUGUCCCGUCGGCGUCGCGUCCUCAGACUCCGGAGAAAUAUCACGUCGUAGAGCAGCCAACAUCACGAGGAUUCAAAAACAGGGAUCUAUCGGAAAAGCCAGAGAUCCCACUCAAGAGUGUCUUCUUUGAAUGGUCCGUAGAGUACUUCCGUGAGCCCCAGAUGAAGCCCACAGAGGCCGAUGAGCCUGGAAGCACCGACUACAAUGGCCGACUCUGGCGGAGAAACCGUAAUGACAGGAUUAUUGCCGAAACUCAGCCGUUGAAAGAUAUUGCUGUCUCCAAUCGUUGGGAUGUGCCCCGAGGGUAUUUCGACAACCUCAGCCAACCUGCGAAAAUGUGUUUCCAUCAGUUCGAAGAUCAUCUGGUGGUGACAGAUACACGGGAUACCGUCAAUAUCUUCGACUACUCAAAGUCGGUUAGCAGGAUCAAUUCUUUCUCCAACGGAAAUCCUCCCGAAUCGAAGAUAUCGGACGUACGGUUCAUCAACGAAGAUGACCAGGCGUUAUUAAUGACCGGAUCUUCGGACGGAGUCAUUAAGAUAUUCCGCAACUAUGAUCGUAAAGGCGAGACGGAACUAGUGACGGGAUUCCGAGCCCUUACAGAUCUUGUUUCGAGCAACAAGAAUGCCGGGCUGGUCUUCGAUUGGCAGCAAGGUAGAGGUCUGAUUCUGGUCGCUGGGGACGUGAAGGUCAUUCGCGUAUGGAACGCAGGGACCGAAGUAUGCACAAAUGAUAUUCCGGCACGUUCAGGCUCUUGUAUCACAUCCUUGACCUCUGAUCAGGUCGAGGGAGACGUGUUUGUCGCUGGUUUUGGUGAUGGUGCCAUACGAGUGUAUGAUCAGCGCCAAAAGCCCGCCACCGCCAUGGUCAAGGUUUGGAAAGAGCACAAGCAAUGGAUCACCAACGUUCAUCUACAGCGUGGCGGUCAGCGUGAACUUGUGAGCGGUUGUCGUGGUGGUGAAGUCAAACUAUGGGACAUCCGCUGGGACCGGAGCGUGAAAACUAUACAAGCGACUUCCGACACGCUCAGGACGCUCAGCGUCCAUGAGCACGCUCCGGUUUUCGCUACUGGCACGCAACGACACCGUGUGAAGAUUUUCAACAUAAACAACGGUCAACCCGUAUCUCACCUUGAGCCGUACUCAGGUUUCCUUCGGGAUCGAUCUGCCCCUAUAUCGGUUACCGCCUUCCAUCCCCAUCGACUGAUGAUUGCCGCAGCGGCUGUCAACGACACUCACGUCAAUAUUUUCUCAUGUCACGAACCGAAGCAUUCCGCUGUCAAAACAGUGAAACUUUGGGAUGGAAAUGCGAGUACAGCGGUGUCCAGUCGUGCAUCUAUACACGGCUGA